AUGGCUCUUGUGGCUCUGGUAAGUCACACAGCUCUGGGAAGUCAGACAGGUCUGGCAGCCAUUCGUGGAACUCAGGUGGUGGCUCUGGCCUUUCAUGGGAUUCGGGAGGAUCUGGCACCCCUGGAGAAUCAGCCAGCUCUGGAGAAUCUGGCAGCUCUGGCAGUGACGGAGGAUCUGUCAGGUCAGACAGAAGGUGUAAAUGCUCCUGGAGUCAAUGUGCCCUUGCCCCCUGUGUAUACGAUUGGUCCUCAUCCUGGUGUAAAUGAGGUUUACACUACACCACCAACAGGUUAUGUGGCACCUCAGGUUCCGGCGAUCAUGCCAGUCCUGGACAGACCUAUGGGCUGUCCUGUUGGUCUAGAGUACCUCACCCAGGUUGACCAGCUUCUAGUUCAUCAGAAAGUGGAACUAAUGGAAGUACUCAUGGGAUGGGAGACCAACAAUCAAUAUGUGGUGAAAAACAGUUUAGGGCAGCAAGUGUUUUUUGCCGCUGAAGAGAGUCAUUUUUGUAGUCGUAUGUUUUGUGGAUCUGUGCGUUCCUUCCUGCUUCAUAUCCAGGAUAACAUGGGACAGGAAGUCAUGACUUUAUCUCGUCCCCUUAAGUGCAGUAGUUGCUUCUUCCCUUGCUGUCUUCAAGAGCUGGAGGUUCAUAGCCCUUCAGGCAGCCCUCUUGGUUAUGUAACACAAAGCUGGCAUCCUUAUCUGCCAAAGUUUAUCAUUCAUAAUGAGAGAAAAGAACCUGUUCUGAAGAUUUUGGGACCAUUUUGUGACUGCAAAUGUUGUUCUGAUGUUAAUUUUGAGGUGAUGUCACUGGAUGAGUCCUCAGUGAUUGGUCGAAUUAGCAAACAGUGGUCGGGAUUUGAGGCAGAAGCUUUUACUGAUGCAGACAACUUUGGCCUACAAUUUCCAAUGGAUUUGGAUGUGAAAAUAAAAGCAGUUAUAUUGGGAGCCUGCUUUCUUAUCAACAACAAAUUCUGGGAUCUGCUUUUCUGA